UUUCUUUCUUUCUUUUUUUUUUUUCUCUCCCUCUCGCUCUUUCUUUUUUUUCUUUUUAAAUAACCCAGAAAUUCUCGCAGCGAAAACUUGAUGUUUUUACCGUCUGCUCCCCGAGAGAGGAGAGAUUGGAAUUUUUCGCUCCUCGCUGCCGUGCAACUCCCAAAUAUCCGCGAGGAGAGCGGGAAUAAAGGGGGGAAAAAAGGGGGAAAAACAAGGAAAAACUCUCUCGGAGUUAGAUUUGUAAAGCUGAGUGAGUCAGCCCCGAGCCCGGCGCCUCUCUGUGUUUGCCCGUGGUGCAUCCCUGGCAGCCUCUGUAACCCUUUCCCAGCCUCGCUUCUCCUCCCAGCCUGGAAAAACCAGCAGGGAAUGCUGGAUCCCGCCGCAAUUCCCAAAUUAUCCCUCCCCCCGCAGCUCGAUUUGGGGAGGGGGGAGUGGGUGGGUUGGGAUUUUUUUUUUUAAUUUUUUUUUAAUUUUUUUUUUUUUUUUUCCUGCAGCGGAGUUUUAUGAAUGAAAGUUCCUGCUGAGCUGGGUGUGAUAUCCCAGUUCUGGAAAUUGGGAAUGCUGGAGAAAUCCAGGCUGGGAGAAGAGGGGUGGGCUCGGGGGGGGCUCAGCUUGGGCAGCUCCAAAACCCCUUUUCCCGAUUUUUGGGGAUCCUGGAUCUGCCGGACAACUCUGCUCCCGUGUGGAUAGGAAAAAAAAAAAAAUUAAUUCCCAAAAUCAAAAUAAUCCCAAAUCCCGAGGAUUUCAGGCAAUUUCGAAAUGAGGGAAAAGCGGUUCUGCUACGGGGGAAUAAAUUAAAUAAACUCCCCAAAACCCCUAAAAUAAAGGACGGGGAAGGGGUGGAAGGAGAGGCAGGGAAUGUUCAGCCCCACGUUUGCAAUCGGCUUUUCCAAACUGCAGCUCCGUGGAGGCAGAGAGGAAGAGAGAAGCGAAAAAUUCCCGAUUUCUCCCUAAAAAACAGAGAAUUCCCUGGCUGGCAGAAGGAACUUUUUGGGACAGCCACGCAAACCUCCCCUCUCAGUGCCACCGCUGGCCGUAAGGUAAACGCGGAGGGAAAAUAUUCCCAACUUUCUGAGGCUUUUUGGAAAUUUGGGAUUUGUUUGCGUGCGGCGGAGAGAGGAGGAGGAGAGGCAGAAAAAAAAAAAAAAAAAAAAAUGCAAAACCCAAAAAUAAAAGAGACGGAGAGCGGGGGGGAGUUUGGGGGGUUUUUUGUCCCCUCGGCGAGCGAAAAGAUAAAAUUACUGCGGCUAAAAAUAAAGCGGUGGUUAAAGGUUCCCCCUCCCUCUCGCAUCUCCCACCCCUUCCAGCCCUCUCCCUGCUCCCUCCCUCCUUCCCUCCCUCCUUCCCUCCCUCUCCCGCUGCCUCCUCCGUGUUUGCGUUUGACAAAGAAAUGAUUUGAACUUCCCGGAGCCGCAGAAAACCGGGAUCCCGAGGCGCACCCGGGCCCAUAUGGAUGCGAUUUCUCCCGCCGGGUCGCGGACGAUCCAGCGGCACCGGGAGCUGCGGCGCUGAGCGGCUCCGCUGCUUCUCCCCAUGGGCUCCGCCGCGGAAUUUUGGGAGCUGCCCGCCACUCCAGCCAUGAGAAAACGAGGAAAAGCACCGGGAUCGCUCGUCAUGUGCCUUUCUGGCUGAAAACCGGGGAGCCGAGCAAGCAAACAAACAAACAAAAUAAAAUAAAAAAAAAAAAAAAAAUCAAAACUAAAUCGCGCGGAUCGCGCGGGGCUGGAGGGGCACGGCGGGGAGGACAAGGAGAAAUCCGCUGGAAUUCCGAGCUCGCCUCCUCCUGCUUCCCUGCGCAGGCUGGAUGCUGGAAGCAGCCCCUUGGAUAUGGGAUCAUAUCUGGUGUAUCCCAGCCUGGGUUUGAUCCUCUGCUGCUCCGUGCUCAGCUCCGUCUACGCGCUGGUGGAUGCCGACGAUGUCAUCACCAAGGAGGAGCAGAUCUUCCUGCUGCUGAAGGCCAAGGCCAAGUGCGAGCGCCACCUGAAAGCCAAGGUGCCCAAGGUGCACGAUGGCUCCUGCCUGCCGGAGUGGGACGGCAUCGUGUGCUGGCCCGAGGGCGCGCCCGGCCGGGUGGUGGCCAUGCCCUGCCCCGAGUACAUCUACGACUUCAACCACAAAGGCCACGCCUACCGCCGGUGUGACCUGAACGGGAGCUGGGAGCUGGUGCCGGGGAACAACCGCACCUGGGCCAACUACAGCGAGUGCGCCAAGUUCCUCACCAACGAGACCAGGGAGAGGGAGGUCUUUGAUCGCCUCUAUUUGAUUUAUACUGUUGGAUACUCCAUCUCCCUGGGAUCCCUCACAGUUGCUGUCCUUAUCCUGGGAUACUUCAGGCGCUUGCACUGCACUAGGAACUACAUCCACAUGCACCUGUUUGUGUCCUUCAUGCUGAGAGCCGUCAGCAUCUUCGUGAAGGACGCCGUCCUGUACUCGGGGUCGGCCCUGGAGGAGAUGGAGCGCAUCUCCGAGGAGGACCUGAAAUCCAUCACAGAAGCACCUCCCGCAGACAAAUCACAGUUUGUGGGCUGUAAAGUAGCUGUCACCUUCUUCCUCUACUUCCUGGCCACCAAUUACUACUGGAUCCUGGUGGAAGGGCUCUAUCUCCACAGCCUCAUCUUCAUGGCAUUUUUCUCAGAGAAGAAAUAUCUUUGGGGAUUCACAUUAUUUGGCUGGGGACUCCCUGCUGUGUUUGUCACAGUCUGGGCCAGCGUCAGAGCCACUCUGGCUGACACAGAGUGCUGGGACUUGAGUGCUGGCAAUUUGAAGUGGAUUAUUCAGGUGCCCAUCCUGGCAGCUAUCGUGGUAAAUUUUAUUCUCUUUAUCAAUAUUAUCAGAGUCCUCGCAACCAAGCUCCGAGAGACGAACGCAGGGAGGUGCGACUCGAGACAACAGUACAGGAAGCUGCUGAAAUCUACCCUCGUCCUUAUGCCUCUGUUUGGCGUUCACUAUAUUGUUUUCAUGGCUAUGCCAUACACAGACGUGUCAGGGAUUCUUUGGCAAGUUCAAAUGCACUAUGAAAUGCUGUUCAACUCUUUCCAGGGAUUUUUUGUUGCCAUCAUAUACUGUUUUUGCAAUGGAGAGGUCCAAGCAGAAAUAAAGAAGUCAUGGAGCAGGUGGACUUUAGCACUUGACUUCAAAAGGAAAGCGCGGAGUGGGAGCACAACGUACAGUUACGGACCAAUGGUUUCCCACACCAGCAUCACAAAUGUAGCCACGAGGGGGGCGCUUGCCCUGCACCUCAACACCAGACUGAUCCCAGGGACCCUCAACGGCCACAGAAACCUGCCAGGCUACGUCAAGAACGGCUCCAUCUCCGAGAAUUCCGUGCCCUCCUCCGGCCCCGAGCAGUACAACAAAGAUGAGGAGUACCUGAACGGGCUCUACGACGGAGACAGACCCACGGUGCUGGUGGAAGAGGAGAGAGAGACAGUGAUGUGAAGGCUUGAGGAGGGGGGGGAAAAGGAAGAAAGAAAGGAAAAAAACAAAAAAAAAAAAUCGGCCAAAGGAUGAAAAAGGUUCCUGGAGAGGAUUCAGUGGGAAAAGACCAUCGGGCCACGCAGAGGAUUCCAAGGGUUUCCAUGCGGUUUCUUUGUUCUGUGGAAUGAGAGAUUAAGUUAUUUGGGAGAGGACAAAAAAAAAAAAAAAAAAAAAAAAAAAGGUGAGCCACCAAGGUGGCUGGUGGGUGAUCCCAUCCAUGAAUAGCAGAUAACAGAGCUCUCCAGACCUGCUGGACACCAGAGAUGCUGGGGGCUCGCCAGGAAGGGCUGCAAAGCCCAGCGUGGUCCUUGGAUCCCCUGGAGAGCUGGGUGGCCAAGGAGGAUGGGAGUGUCCCCCAGGAAAGCAAGAGGGAGCAGGGAGGGUGUGGUGCCACCGUCCUGGGAGGGGACAAGCCACCCCGGGGGUCAGUGGCUUGGGUUUGGUUUGUUCUCUGCCUGUGGGUCUGCCUGGGGACACACACAGGGCUGGGAAAGGCCCCUGAUCCAUUGGUCAUGUGGGGCUCAACCAAUGCCAGGUUCUUCUUCCCGUGGGAAUUGUCACUCCUUGGCAAAAUGCUCCUCUGGGUUAGCAGCUCGUGGGUGCAGGCAGGGAUUGUCCCCUCCUUUCCCUGAGUCCUGGGAGCAAGGCAGGAACAGUUUUAGGGUGGGAUGUGGUUAUGGAAUGUGCAGCAUUCCCGUUCCUCCAGAGGGGUGGUGGAGUGGGAACCACCAAGGGCACGGAAUUUGCACAUCCCAGGGGGUGCUUGUGGCUAAAAUCAGUGCCCAGGGUGGACAAGUCAGCCCUCCCUUUGUGUGGGUGCCCCUGGAAAGCUGCUUCAAACUGGGAAUUGUUCCUCACUCUGCACUCUGAAUGUGCCAUUCCACAGGGUCCUGGAAUUCUGGAGUGGGUUGGGUUGGAAGGGACCCUAAAGGUCACCUCAGUCCAACCCUGCCACGAGCAGGGACACCUCCCACUGCCCCCAAGCCCUGUCCAGUCCAGCCUUGGACACUGCCAGGGAUGGAGUAUCCACAGUUUCCUGAACAAUUAAUCCAAACCCUAAUGAGCAGGAAGACUCCACCAGCAGGAGGUUCUGCUGAGGGCUAAUGAAGGAUUAAUUUCCCCAGACCCUGAAGGAAGUCAGGAAGAGCAGGUGGGAUCCUGACUUUGUGUCCCACAUCUUUAUCACCCUCUCAGGCCAAAUCCCAGUGGAAUCCAGGGGAAAAUCUCCUCCCUUUGGCAUGGCUGAGGUUUGGGUUCCAACCUGGUGGGGGAUGUGGUGGCUAAUCCAUCCAUCCAUCCAGAAUCCCAGAAUCCCUGAGGCCAAUAUUUAUUUGUGAUGUUCUUUUCUUGUUUCACCUCAUCCAAAGAAGUCAAACCUCAUCAUAACCAUUUCCCACCAAAGAAGAGUAAUCAAAAUAUCAACUUUUCAAUAAUUAGUCCAUUUUCCUGCUCUCUUCUUCUACCCCUCCUGAUUUUCUGGCUCAAAGACAUUUCUGAGUUAUCAUUUCGCUGCUGGAACAAAGCAAAAAUACCAAAAAAACCCCAGCCAGUGACUCACUCUUUGCUUGUGUUUAUUACUCAAGACUGAGAACAUUUGACAGUCCCUCAGAAAUUCAAGGAAUCAGCAAAAGCCAUAAAUUUAUUUAUAAACAAACAUAACCCCCCUCCUAAAACUCAGCUCUCACUGAAAUGAAUUCAACACUGGAUUAUUUAGGAUUGAAAUAAAUCAAACCUGUUGUUAAAUGUAGAUAUUAAAUUUCAGGCAUUAGGGUUGUGGAGAGGGAUUUUCUUCUUUUUAAAUCCUUUGAAUUGCAAAUCAUAAAUAGAUUUUUUUUUUCUGGAUGUUUCUGUGCAUGAGCAACAUUCCAUGCAAAAAUUGGGAUAAUGCUGACACCAGUACAGAGGGAAAACUGCUUCUAAGGCCCAGCAGGAUCUGUUUGCCUCAGUGUUCCCAUCAUUCCUGGGCUGAUCCCAAAUUCCUGAUCGAGGGUAUGGAUCAGGAUCUGGUAUCAGGGUCAUCCCUCCUGGAUUUUUAGUGAGGAAGAAUCAGAGCUGGGAUGUCUGGGAUGAAAGGAGAAUUCCCAAUUUUGGGUUGGGAUUUGCCCUGGAAGGACAAACAGAAGGAUCCAGUUGGAGCUUAGCCAGAGCCUUUGGAUUCAGACUUGGACAUUUCCCAAGGAGUUUGUCCCCAAAGGUCUGAGUCCACCUGGAAUGACAGCUCCUCUCCUGUGGGGUUUCCCUGUGGAAACACAAACCUUGGAGGGGAUUGUUCAGGAUUCCUCCAGUGCCCUCCACAAAUCCUGCAGGAAGGGCAGGGCUUGUGCCCAUCCUGCUUCAGAUCCAGCAGGUGGGAUAGCAUGGAAUUGUGAUCAUGGAAUUGUGAUCAUGGAAUUGUGAUCAUGGAAUUGUUACAGUGGAAUUGUUACAGUGGAAUUGUGACCAUGGAAUCAUCCCAGAAUGAGCUGGCUUGGAAAGGACCUUAAAGCCCAUCCAUGGGCAGGGACACCUUCCACUGUCCCAGGUUGCUCCAAACCUUUUCCACCUUGGAAAAACAGCACAGAAACUUUCCCAGGUUCAUUUCAAGGAGGAGCCAAAGAUCCAAAAGAGCUGUUCCUUUUUUUUUUUUUCCUCCUUUUCCCUCCUCCUUCGUGUCACAUCUGUGCCCGUUUUCCUCUCAUCCUAGAAAACAUCUGGCAACGCUCUGGAGCUCCGUGGAGCCUCUCACCUCUCCAAGCCAAGCUGAGCCUGCAGUGUCCCAGCUGACUGGCUCACUUGGAAUCUCCCUGGAAUCCUCUGGAUCCGUGUCCUCUCCUCCAGAGCCACAUGUUGGGCUUGGACUGGGAGUUUCACCCCUGGCAGGUUCCUCUGUUGUUCCUCUUCUAUCCCCAUCCACAGCAGCAGAGUUCUCCUGAUUCCCUGCCCUAUGAUCCUGCUCUUUUCUGGGAUUUAACAGCUGUUUAAUCUUCCUUUUAUUUCUCUGGGAUGCCUUUUGGCAGCAGUUUUGCUUCUCCUGGGUAAGUGCAGACAAUUGUUUUUCUGCCUCCUCCAUUCUCCCUGGUCCGGGUUCAGAUGAGAUCAUGUCUUGUCCUGCCCCUCAUCAUUCCUCAGCUCUGCUCCUUGUCUUGUUCUGGAGCCAGAAGAGUUCACAAAGAUCUCCCAAAAUCGAAUUUUUCAGCCAGGGAUUGGCUUUGAUUCUCUGUUUGUGGGCAAUCAGCUGGAGGUCAGGGAACAUCCACAGCACUGGGAAGGAUUUUCCACUUUUUAAACCGUGAAAAUCCACAGAGAGAGAGGGAAGAUCUCCAAAGUUUUUAUUCCUCUUGUUGUCUUGACAAACUCAGUGGCUGAAAGGGUUUUUAAUUUCAGGUUCUGAUGUUUCAGAAAGUUAAGAAACCUCAUUUAUAAGUUGGGUUCUUUUUCUCACACAUCCUCCUUGGUGAUUCCAGGUCCUAUUUGAUGUUUCCAGGUCCUGCUUGGCCAUUUAAAUCUCAGACAUCAAACAAACAUUGCUGAGACACAAAUCCUUUGGGUGUGCUUCACUGAGUGAUUAACCCCAAACUAAUUUGCUGUCAAGGCUUUUAAUGGACUUUGAUAAAUCUCCUGAUCCUGGUUUUCCUUCCCUCGGUGCUGACAGGGAUUGUCACUGGCUGCUCUUUGCUCUGUAGGAGGUUUGGGAUGGUUUGGAGCUGGGAUUUUCUUCUGGGAGGCUUUUCCCACACUUCAAUUCUUUUUUUCUAAAAUGUCCCUCCAAAAAAAAAAACCCAAAAAACUUAUUUAAAUCACUUAAUUCAGCAUUUAGUUUCCCCUUUUAACUGGGUGCAAGUUUGGCUGGAGGGAAGGGUUCAUGGUUCAAAGCCAAUCUCAACUGGCAGGUCCCAAACCAACCCAGAGCUUUGGGAUAGGAAUGUGAAUUCCUGGGAUCACCUGGGUCUCAUUGCACUCAUCACACCUGGGGCACAGCUCAGGUAUCCUAAAAUAAUAAUCCUAAAUAAUAAUCCUAAAUAAUCCUAAAAUAAUAAUCCUAAAUCUUGCUGGAUUUAUGGGAAAAGGGCACAGAGAGCAGGGAAAACCCUCGAUGUGUUUGUGCCCCGCUCCAGGAGGAUUUCAAACAAUGAAAUAGAAAUCUCCAGCUAUUUUUGUUAAUUUUCUGGACUCCUGCUGAGUGCUCUGCUGGGCUCUGGACAGUGGCUGGAGUUCUGGCUUCCCCCAGUUCUCUGUGCUGGAUAAAACCUCUCCCAUGAGUGGGCAGAGAUGUUCUGAGCUGGGCUCCAGGGCAGGAAGCAGCUCCAAUGUGGGUUUGAUAUUCCUUGGCAUGAGGCAGGAGCUGCUUGGCUGAAGGGAACUGGGGUAACUCAGAGCAGAAAAAAGGCAAAAAAAAUCUCUGGAGCUGCAGCACACAUCAGGACUCAUGCCCAGUUUGCAGAAUGGAUUUCAAAUCCAGGUUCCAACUGCAGCUCCAGAAAUUCUCUGCUGAGAGUCACAGACCAGGCUCGGUGCUGGGAUCCAAUCCAAGGACACCAAUGAUGAGCUGGACAUAAAACAAUCCCAUUUAUCUGUUCCUUUUUCCUCUCCUUUCUCCUUUCCUUUCUCCUUUCCUUUUUCCUUUCCUUUCUCCUUUCCUUUCUUCUAUCAUUUAUCCUUUCCUUUCUCCUUUUUCCUUUCCUUUCCUUUCUCCUUUCCUUUCUCCUUUUCUCUUUCCUUUCCUUUCUCCUUUUUCCUCUCCUUUCUCCUUUCUCCUUUCUCCUUUCCUUUCCUCUCAGAUCCUCCAAGUUUUCCCACUGUUUCCCACGUUUCCAGUAGCCCCAGAGCACACAGAGUUCCCAAUAAUAUCAACAUUUUGCCAGGAUUUGGGACUUAAAAGGAGGAAAAAUCCUGGGGGAGCAUUCAAAAAAAAAAACAUUAAUUCAGGUUCUUCUGAAAUCUUUCCCACAGAUCAGGGAAGGGUUUCCAGCCCCACAUUCCACCCUCCAAGUGAACUCCUGUUUUCCUCAAGGAUCUGGACUCAGUGUUCCAGAGUUCCCAGGAAUUUUCCACCCUGUCCAGGGGUUUGGGAUUAGAGCUGGUACAACAUUAAAUAUUCUUGUUUAAUUUGAGCUUCACCUUCUCACCUGCUCCUGUGGUUUCUGCAUCCAGCUGUGGGUUGCUGAUUUCUGGUUGGAGUCGCUGAUCCAGUUGGGCUUUUCCAAUCCCAGCAAUUCCCAGAUUCUCUGGUAAUUCUCCUUUGGGGACACUUGUCCCUCGAGCUGCCUUUGCACCCGUGGCACGUCACAAAAUCUGCAUUUUGUGGCAUUUCCAGGGCUGGAAAUCAGCUGAGGGAUUGGCAGGGACCAGGAAUGAAUGGCAAAAUUCUGGAAAACUCACCCAGUUAAUUAAUCAGGAGUAAUUAAUGAGGAACUCCAAUAAAUCUGACUUCUUUCCAGGCAGGCAGCCUGGCCUGCACAGAUCUGACUAAUUACUGACUAAUUACUGCCUAAUUGGAGGAAUAUUAAGAGAGCAAAAGGGGGAAGGUGGGGUGUGCCAAAAUCAGUACAACUUCCUCUUCCUUUUUCAUCCUCACUGCCACUUUUCCUUCUUUUUUUUUACUGGAAAAAAAAAAAGGUAAAUUAGAACAAACUGAGCUCAAGAACACAGAAUUCCAACUUAUUUCUCCUGGGUUCCACGGAGUAACUUCUCCCUUCAACUGGAUCAAUGGUUUUCCUGGCACAUUAACCAAGGAAUUCAAUGGAAUUUAAUUAUUUCCUCAGCCUGAGGGUUAAUGAUUCUGGGCUAAUGAUGGGGUGUGCAAAACCAGAGGUGCUGGCAGGAUUUGGGAUGAAAUCCUGACCCCAGGAAAAUCUGUGUCUGUUGGUUUCCAUGGUGUGGGUUUCACCCAUCAAUUCUGAAAAGGGGAAUGAUUCAAAUAAAUUCCCUGUUCCCAAAAUCUUAACUGGCACUGGGACUUCAGGGUGUCUUUAUCCUUUAGAAUCCAGCAGGAUCUCUGACAUCCAGAGCUAGGGGAAGGUCUGAGGGGCAGACCUCUGCAAAAAUUCUUCAUUUUCUCUUGGUAUCAGCUUCCCCAUGUGGAGAUUUGGGAUGGGAAUACCAGGAAUUAAAAUGUUUGGGAUGGAGGGAUCAGCGUGUGCCUGUUUUCCAAAACUCCCAGGGUUGCAUCCUCUGAAACAGGGAUACAAAAUCCACUGGAAAGGAAGCUUAAGCCCAGCUUAACUGAAGAGCUCAGGUGCCUGAAAAAGAGACAAAACCAUGAGAAGCAGCAUGGAUUUAAAGCAGAGCUUUGUGAGACAUGAGCCAGCCUAAACAUAGACCUGAGCUCUUCUUGCCAAGCCAGUCUUCAACCUCAAUCUCUAUCUAAACAAUUCCUUCUUCCUUGAGAGCUGCAGGAGAGGAGGAGUCAGAGAAUCCCAGGAUGGUUUAGGUUGGAAUGGAGUUAAAAACCACCCAGUUCUGGUUCCAGUGUCCCAGCCUUGGACAAGAAUCCAUUUGUUGUCAAAGGUGGGAUAUUUGGAAAGCCCAAAGUUUGGCUGAGGUGGAGCUGCUGGGACAGGAGUGUUGGAUGUGGGAGAGGAGGAGGAACAGGCACAGCCAAGCACCAAACCCACCCCAAAUUCCAAAUCCUUUGCCUCUUCCCAUUGGGAUCCGUCAGGAGACAAAUCUGCUGCUAAACCCCUUUGCUUCAUCUCAGCAGCUGCAGGGUGACCCAGCCCUGGUGGUCACCACAAAUCUUGGGGUCUGGGCUCUGGAAAAAGGGGUUUUUUUCCAGGAUAUCCACUCCUUUUUCAGGAUAUCAGCUCCUUUUUCCACUUGGAGCAGAAGGAAGAGGAGCAGGGUUUUUUCCCCUCUGCCCCACUGAAGAGGGUUUCAAGAUUUUAUUCCCCUCCAGAAGAGGGACAAACCCCAAAAUCAGGAUCAAGGUGUGAUCCCAGGGGCAUUGCCAUGUGUGUGUCUCCAGGCAGGAAUCUGGUUUACAUUCCUCCACUUCUGCUUUCUGCAUGGACCAAAGUAACGAGCGGGAAAAGGCAAACCACAGGUGUAUGUAAAAGGGAAUUCCAAUAAAAAAAGAAACCUUUAUUGAUUCUCAUGGAA